AUAUGAGGUGGUGGUGGGUUGGCCAUCCUGGCUGAUGUAAACAGUGCAUGGCGGUCCUUCCUUCGAGCACGUGAGAUGGGCAUCGUCGAGAGGAAGCAGAGAGUCUUUUAUAAAAAGACCAAGAGAGGAAAUAUUAUCAAGGUUGUGAGAGAACACUACCUUAGAGAUGAUGUUUGGUGUGGCCUUGACGGAUGUGGCAUGUGUGAAGGCGAUUACCGGCCUUUGGAUACUUUAAGCACUAGUGAUAGCACUUUGGUGCGAAAUCCACAUCACAUUAUCAUAGAUACCAAUGUUGCGCUCCAUCAGAUUGAUGUUUUGUGUCAUGAUGACAUAAAAAAUGUGAUCAUCCCGCAAACAGUGUUGCAAGAGGUGCGACACAGAUCCUUGCCAGUGUACAAGAAACUGCGGGAUCUGAUUGAGGAAUCUAGCAAGAAAUUGUUUGUCUUUUCAAAUGAACAUCAUGG